AGUGAAGAGACAUGAGUCCCGUUCCUAUAACGUGUCGUCGUUAAUCUGCCCAACAAUUUGUGUGACCAAAGUGACGACCAGCAGCCACGAUGAAACAGGAAUUCGUUCAAAUUCGUCCAAUGACGGGACUAAUAACUCGGCAGCACGUUUCGCACAAGAAGAUGAAAGGAUCAUCGGCGUCUCAUCCAGCACCGAUCGUUGGUGAUUGGGAUACCAUCGACAAAGUGUCAGCCAUCUUGGCCGUCAGCAAUGUGAACGAAAAGGGUGGAGUCGGAGGACUGCACUCGAUGGCUCCUUCCCAGCGGCCGGCCCCGUUCCUUCGAUCGCGGACAUUACCCAGCAUCAUCGUCCCAGCGACGACAGUAGUGGCCAUGGCCACGGCUUCGGCAGCUGUUCACGGAGCCAUGGUGGCGGCGGCGGCAGCAGCAGCGGCCGACAACAACGGACUUUGUGUCCCGUCCACUUCUCCCAAGCAACAACAACCGUCAGCGGCGGAUUCAAACGAAUGGCAGGACAUCCGAGAUUUGCUGGGCAUGUCAUCGAUCACAGCCGGAUCGAAACCGUCUGGAUCUUCUGAUCCGGGAUCACCUUGUUUCACGACCGUUCCGGCUGCUGCUGCUGCUGGAAGCGGAGUGCGAAACAAGAAAAGUUCGGCCGACACUUCGCCAUCGGCCAACAGCGGCCGACUAUCCAAAUUAUUUGUCAACAGCUCAGGUGGAGUGGGCAGCGGCAGUUUCCGAAUCAGCAACAACAACAACCAACUGCAACCGCCCGACUGUCCCGUUCAAAUCCAAGUGCACCUGAGCAACAACGACAUCCAUCAGCAGUCGGCGACAAGACUGCGGAGGCACAGUUUGGAAAGCAACAACGACUCGCUGCGUGGUAAGACAACGGACCCACAAGCGCCGGAUGUUCUCUCUACAGCGUCAGGUGGGACCACCCGACUCAACUUAUCAUUGGCUGUUCCGGAAUUGAGCGGCAAAUCUAUUCCGGUUUCGCCUUCCACCGGCGGCAAACGUAAAACAUCUCACGAUAGGAAGAAAGAUUCAUCACUGGAAUUGCUGGUCCAUGGCCUUCACUUGACCAAAACGGACCUGAAGAAAAUGGAGAAACUGACGAAAAUCAAUAUUCAUCUGCACGCGCUGUUUGCUGCCGUCGAAUUCGGCCAGGUGGAAAAGGCCCGUGCUAUCCUGGAAGACAACGAGGUCGACAUUAACAGUUACAACAGUGACGGGCUGUCCUUGAUGGAUGUGGCCGUCCUGACGAACAAUACUGAAAUGGUCAAAUUACUCAUCCAACAUGGAGCCAGGGAGGGAAUGGAGUAUGGCAGUAAGGAAUCGCUGAAUUUGCAUCUGGUCCAACUGCUCAACGAAGCCGAGAAACAGUUGGAAGAGAAGAGUCAGCCGUCGUCCAGUCCGGUUCGAGUGGAUUUGGACAAACACGUCGCCCUCUGGAAACGGCGGGUGCGCAUUUUGCGCAAAAUGAAGUCGGGACUCGAACAGCUGAAGGUGCCCAACAGUCCGAACCAGGCCCGCGUCGAAGUUGUUGGUGAACAUUCUGCCCACAUUUGGUGGCUUCAGCCCGAAGUCGACUCUGGUGGCAUUUGCACUAAAUUUAAAGUUCAAUGGUCAACUCAUCCGGAUUUCGCCUUCCCCGGUGGCGAGUUGGAGGUGCGCGAUACGCAAAUCUGGAAGCGCGGCGGAGGAGCCGAAGAAUUUAACGAAGUCAACGUGACCGUCUCAUCUUGCCCGUCCAACUCUCGAUGCUACUUUCGUGUAGCCGCCGGCAACUUGUCCGGAUACGGGUCGUUCAAAACCACUCUGCCCUCAUCUGUCUUGUUAUCAGUCUGGCGGAUAAUCGACGGCCGAAAACCUCGUUUCGCUGGCCGCCUACCCAUUUUGGACGACCUAUUUAGCAAAGUGCGGACAUGGCGGCCUGAUUACGCCUCGGAAAUUCGACAGCUGGAAGACGGCCUCAACGAAGCCCCAAUGAAGCAGCGCAAGAAUCCAGCCAAACUCAACUUGCGGCAGUUCUUUGGCGCCAACGUCAAAUUUCAAAAGAAUCUGCGCAGGGGAGUCUAUUUCGCUUGCAUCGUCUUCCACGAAGACAAGGUACUGGUGACGACCGAAGAAUUUCCGCCGGUCGUUGAAGUCGACGAUACUUAUCCAGCCUCGGUCAAUAACGAUUUCCACUGGCUCAUGAAGAUUGGCUGCACUUGGAGCGAUGUGAAAACACUCCGGCAAGAUAUGGAGCGCAGUUCCAGUUCCGCAAACGCCCACUUCCGUAUUAAACUACUUCAAGCAGCUGCUCAGCUGCAGAGCGCUUUGGGCUUGCAAGAUUUGGGUCAGCUUCACUACCAGCCACUGAAAGACAGUCAAGGGACCCUGGUGAUAUCGAGUACCUGUCAUUUGGCCAAUAUUAAGGCUGUGCCGUCGUCGUUGAAUUUCAAGUGGCUGCCACUUUCCAAACUUCAACAGCGACGAGUGGUGACAACAAACGAACAAGAGAGUACGGCCAGCGAUCUCCUCCUCGCCUCCCUACAGGAACAAAUCAACUUCAUGCAAGUCAGCAACAAACCUUUGCCCCGAGGACUCUACCUUGGCUACUUGAAGAUGAAGAGUUCGGUCGAUUUGAUUCGCGUUUUGGUGCCCAAGGACGCGCCCAAUCUCCUCCCGCAUGCGAAAAUACGAGACAAUCCGUGGGUGUCGAGUGAAGAGUGGCAGUGGAUCAAGAAAUUGGCCAAAAGUCAACCACAAAACAAAAAUUGUAACCCGGAGAUGAACGACGGAGAUGGCGAUGGCAGUGAGGACAAGGCAGAGUAUUCGGUAAUGGACGGUCUGACGGGCAAACUGAACCUCCAGCCCAGCACGGCCCAGCUGCUCUUCCAAAGUCAAUUACAGAGAGCCGCCUGCCGAUUGCUGGGCAGUAUGGGCAUCGAAGGCUCGGUCAUGCAGCAUCGCAUUUACGAAGACGAAGUGAUUGAACUCAGCCCAGAUGUUUCCGUUAUCCUUUUGCUUCCGCCACCAGACAGUGUGUGCGCUGUAGCCGGUCAAAGCGAGGCGCUCUUCCAUCGGCCUGAAUUUCUUUCAGUUCCCGUUCAAGUAUUUGAAAUGAUUCAUCUGCGCACCUACCAGCGUGAUCUCAUCGGCCGCUAUUCUCGGCUUAGUUCCAUUUUGGAACUGGAUUCGAAUUUGGCACAGCUGGCCAUGCGCGAGGCUUUUUCGAGCGUGGAAUUGGCGGAAGCCAAACAACGCUUCCAGCGGCUGCAAGAUGUUCAAGUUCAAGUUGACUCGACUUGGAGGGGAUCGCGUUGGAUCAUGGACGUUCUUUCGCUGGCCAGGGAUCGAACGAUGACUGGAGUGGGUGUGGCCAUUGCCGCUCUGUCGCAGCAAGUCGCUCCUUCCACUCCUCUUUUGCCUACACCGACCGAAUCCUCUGAGGAAUCCUCGAAGCGAACAAGGGAGAACUCGUUGAAGACGCCCAGCACUUGUUCGAGAUUGAUUCACUCGACAGUCUCCAAUAACGAGGGGCGAAUCAUGGGCGGUGGCGGCGGCACUCCAGGUGGAGGCAAACACCGGAUGCUCGUCAAAACGAAAAGUGAUAACAAGCUGUUGAGCAGCCGCAACUCCAUUGGGGAAUCACCAGCCUUCCUCCGCGUCAACACGGUCCGAUCUCGAACACCCGUCUGCCCUGAAUGUUCCGUUCCACUGGAUUUGCCCGGCUACGUCUCCAAUUGCGGAUCGUGUUCGUGCUCCAGAGCUCGUUACACUCAACCAGAAACGGGCGAAUUGUUUAAGCAACAGCACAGCCGCAGUAACGAAACGCUUCCGACUCCGCCGAUCCUCAUCACUCAAAGUGGAGCCCGCAAGUGCAUAUCGCGAAGUGAAAAUCAGUUGAACAACCUGGAAUUUCAGCCUUUCCUGGACGCUGAAGGCACCGACGACAGCACUUUGCCAGUCUAUGCGGCGGCCGGCCAAGAGCAGGAAGAAGAGCCGAAAUAUGAGCAGUCAACUGACGAUCCUCCUGCUCCGCCGCCCACGAAAUUGCAACGAGGCGGAUCGGGAGGCAAGAAAGGUCGUUCGACCGGCAGCAUGAGAUCAAACAGCCAGGAAAGUGAGUGCAGUCACCCGUCGAGAUCGAGUCAUACUCCUUCGUUGACGUCUUUGUCUUCGGUCGACGGCGAUCCCGAUUCCGGAAGCACACGCUCGGCCGAUGUCGAAAGUGGUGACGCUUCUUCUACCAGCGGAAUCAUUCAGGUGUACGCUGCCUACGAAUCCGGUUUGGCCAACGGCACCAGCGUCAAAUUGCACGUGACCACCAGAACCGUCGCUCGAGAGGUAGUGGACCUGGUGGUUCGCCAGCUCAACAUGGCCGUAGGUUUGAAAGGGAAAGAUGGCCCCGUUUAUCCGGCAGAGGAGUUUAAAAACUUUUGCUUGGUGGCCGUCAUAGGAGCCAGGGAACGAUGUCUGCGAGACGACUUCCGUCCGCUCCAUCUUCAAAAUCCGUGGAAGAAAGGUCGUCUUUAUGUUAGACAGAAGAAGGACGUGCUGGCAGCCAUCGAACAAAGUGGGAGACAGCAAAAGCCUCCACCGGCCGCUCUCUGAUAAUAUCAACGUUACCUCUCAACUACUACGAAUCUCAAGUUGGUCCUUAAUAAAGCGGCCAACGUCACCCUCUUUUAGAUAAUCGUUCACAUCGUCCUUUACGUCACUGUUGACACAAGAUGAGUUUUGUUUGGAAUUGUAACCGGCGUGUCUGGCUGACCUUAGUUAUUCAGUCCAUCUCUAAUCCCAUGUGUUCUAUCCAAAUGGAUCUUUCAAGGGUAUAGACAAGUCUGAGGAGGUUGUAUCAUUUCAUUAUCGUUUGCGAUCAUCUUCACACAAUUUCCGUCACGUGCUAUUAGAAGAAAUCGGCACACAUGUCUAGUAGUUGAAACGAGGGGCGAUUUCUGCCUAAAAAAUACUUGAAUUAUAGACGUGUAAUUAUCGUUUUUUCUUGAUCGUGACAACAUAAUCUGUUGAUAUUUGCUCGUUAACUGUUUUGUACAAAGAAAAAUUCACGUGCACGACAGAUGGCAAUGAUCUCUUCUCAAGGGACAAAGGUGGUACAUACGGCUCGGUCAACUUGAUUUCCCACGUUGAUGUGCUCUUAGGGCACUGAUUGAUUGGUCACGGACUUUGCAUCCCCUGAAUACUCGUUUUAAUUAGCAGAGAUUUUGUUCUAAAAGUACAAUAACUAUCACCAAUACCCUAUCCUUUGUCAAUUGAAAUCAGUUUUUUCCUCCCCCAGUUGUCCAAUCCUCCCCCGCUCCUCCCGUAUAGAUCCUGCGUGUUGAUUAUGACGCGCAUCACGAAUUGAUCGAGACGAUACAGGAAUGUGAGAAUAAGCAACAUGUUGAUUUAUAACUGCUGUCUGUGAUAAGAAUAAAUGCUGAAAUUAAUACAAAAGAUGUUCAUUUACUCAAAA